UCAGACAUACUGAAGGUAGCCUCACCUCGAUGGUAUAUGGUGAUAUGAACGGUACUUCCUGCUUCAACAAAUUGUAACUUCAAACAUGUCAAAGAUGCUGGGUCCAAUCUACUGAAUUGAAUACUCAUUAACAAUACGCAAUGGAUAUAGUACAAACAAACAUUGGGACCAAACAGAAGGUGACAAAACAACGUGACGCUGAUGACAAGUUCGGACUGUAUAAUGUUCGGGCUGUUUUAUUCCUCAUUCUGUGGUAUAUAUUCAGUGCCUUUACAUUGUUCUUAAACAAGUAUAUUUUAUCAUCACUGAAAGGAGAUCCUGCAGUACUAGGUGGCAUGCAAAUGGUAAUGACAACCAUACUUGGAUUUAUACAAAUGAAUCUUCCAUCAGGGUUUUAUAAACCCGUCAUACGAGAAGGGAAGCCACCUAAAUUCUGGAAAAAUAUGAUAUUACUUGGUUGCAUGAGAUUUUGCACCGUAUUCCUAGGGCUAGUAGCGUUAAAGCAUGUAGCAGUUUCACUUACAGAGACAGCUAAAAGUUCAGCGCCAUUAUUUACGUGUUUUAUUUCGUAUGCUUUGAUUGGAGAGUACACAGGAAUUUACACAUUUAUGUCUCUGAUUCCAAUAAUGAGUGGAUUGGUCCUGUGUUCUGAAUUUGAACUUAGUUUUAAUGCUAAAGGCUUUAUUGCAGCCUUAGCUACAAAUUUAACUGAUUGUUUGCAGAACGUGUUUUCAAAAUCAUUAAUAAGUGGUGAAAAGUACAGAUAUACGCCUGUGGAACUACAAUUUUACACUAGUAUUUCAUCAUUAGCUGUACAAAUUCCAGCGUGUUACUUCAUGAUAGAUAUGGGUUCUACUAGUAAGACAUUCGAUACUUUUACGUUCUCAGCUUACGUAGUUGAUGGAAUAUGCUUUCACUUUCAAAGUCUAUCAGCCUAUGUUCUGAUGAGCUACAUAUCACCGGUUACUCACAGCGUUGCCAAUACAGUUAAACGAGCAUUGCUUAUUUGGAUAUCUAUAUUAUUAUUUGGUAACCCUAUGACAUUUCUAAGUGGACUAGGGACUGUUAUUGUUACCAUUGGUGUUCUCUUGUAUACCAAGGCUAAAGAGGUGGACCACAAUAGGAGAGAACUUAUACAGAGUUAUCCAAGGCUUGGAGAAACAAAAGAUGUUUGAUUUUUAAAUACAUAUGAUAAGGUUCGUGUUUCUAUAGGAUACUUUAUGAACCUUCAAUAGGAAUUCUCAACUUGAACAACAGCUGGUUUCAUUUUCCAUUUUCUACAUUUGAAAAUGCCUGUACCAAGUCAGGAAUAUGACAGUUCUUGUCUAUUCGUUU